GAAUUGACGUCCCCCAAAGAACCAGCCACUCCUCAAGAAUCCAUCCGUGCUGAUCAAAAUUGGCCAUUCGUCUGUCUUUGGCUCGGUUGUGAAGCUACGCCCUUCAGACGAGUCACUGACCUCGAGCGCCAUUACAGGACGUCACACCGUCAACAGUCGGGCCAAGAUCGAUACAAAUGUGACCGUUCUUCGUGCACAAGAGGUUUUGAACGCAAAGACCACUUUCGUACUCAUUUGCGAGAUCGCCACUACGAGGAUAUCCCGAAGCGUGGCGUACUAGUCGACGAUGACUGGUUUGAGGACCGAUAUGUUUCAAGCAAGUGGUGGAGAUGCCGCAGCUGCCUCAAUCGCGUCGUCGUUGAAGUCAGCGGCUUCAAAUGUCCCGAAUGCAAAGUUGAAUGUGAGAAAAAGCGCCGUGAGAAGCGCCAGAAGAAGAACGUAAAGGUUCGCUGA